ACAGAAAUCGCAACAAUGCACACUGCAGUUACUCUAGCAUUCCUCUUCUGCCUGGUGGCAGCAUAUGCCUCGGCGUUGCCAGCUGAGCCUCUCAACAAUGAUAACGUGAAAGAAGUUGCACCAGUAGCUGUCAUCGAAGAUCAAGAAGUCCUCCAAGGAGAAGAGUCCCGCUGGGGACACGGUGGUUACCAUCAUAAGCAUCACGGGUACCACCACGGGCACCACCAUGGGCACCAUGGGCACCACGGGUACCACCAUGGUGGACACCAUUGGCACCACCGUGGCGGCUACCAUAAACACGGCUAGGGAUGAAAAUAACCACAUAAGUAAUCCUGAUGUCUCAUCUCUGAGUAAAAUGCUAUCGACAUACUGGUGUAACCUAAUUUUUUUAAUGUUAAUGAACAAAAUUCGAACGUGAAUUUAAUCUGUGAUGAUAUUUAAUAAAAUUGUUAGACUAUAUAAUA